AUGGUAGUCAACAAGCUCUUUUCCAAAUGGCCAUUUAACUCUGUUAAUGAAAGAAUAUUGGACUUUGUUGGCGAAACCACAGAUGAUAAUAGUAGCAGCUGCAGACUUGUACAUAUCCGUACAAAUGUACCACAAGUAUAUAGAAGAAAAAACUUCCUUAGUUAUGUUUUCGGGGAGGUAAUAGAUAAAUUUACAAUUCAUCAUAGGAAUAAUCAGUUGCUGGAUUUUGUGAAAAAUAGUUCGCUAAUAAGUGAAUACAGUACACUCCGAGGUACAAUAUUUGAGCGAAUUGCUCAUCGAAAAUUACCAAGUAGGGAGUCUUUUAGGACUCAUCCCUUAUUUGACAAACUUUCUCCUGCUUUGGGAACGGAUCUUCAUACUAAUACUUGGCGAAAUACUGUUGUCCAGCGUAGAUCACUUUGGACUAGCCGUCUUAAACAAUAUGUUUUAGAGCUUGGGAAUUGCAAAGAAAAUGGAUCAGAUCUGGAAAAUAUAGCUCACUUAUAUGAAGAAGCAUGUAAUGCAGAAGAUGAAUCUGAUCAGGGCGAAGUUAACACCUGUCAUCCAAAAGAAGCAUCGAUAUUUAUUUCAAAUAUUGAUAAAUUGAUUGUCGAAAGACAACUUCAGUCAUAUUUUGAUGAAUGUGGAUUGAUAAAAUAUUGUAAUAUUAAACGCGAUCCAAUACUUAACGAAAGUUUGUCUCUCGCUAGAAUUACCUAUUAUGACGAGACCGAAGGGGUGGCAUUAAAUGCUGCUAGGGAAGCUGUCUCUAGACUUAAUGGAAGACAAUUUUAUAACAAUAUGCCCAUAAAUGUUGAACUUGAUAAUGAUG